AUGGCUGAGGUUGAGACACCAUCUGCCAGCUCGGCACAGUCCCAUCCGUCCCAGAAUCGGGGCGUCAGCUCAGCUUCGAGAAGAGCUAGGGUUGGUCGUGGAAGAGGUCGAGGGAGAGGUUCAGGUCAUGGCAGGGGAGGGCACCUCCCCCACGCGAGCAGCCCUGCCGCCCCUCGUACGACAGAACAGGAUGCAGGCUCGUCAGCAGAACAGAGAUCUUCGACACCAGCGGACCAGCCAACGGGAUCAGGGCCUCGGGGAGGCAGGGGUAGGAGAGGCGGGCGGGGACGGGGCAGGGGCGGAGGACACCUUGGACAAGACACUCAGAUCGCUCCUCGGAGAACUUUCGGGGGACAGCUCACCUCAGCGGCCGAAGAUGCGUCUACUCAAGAGACGCCAGGGCUGAGUGGUGAGGCUUCUGAGUUUGUGCCUGGCCAAGUACAUCAGCAGAGGGUGCGGCCGUCAGCCAAGCCCAAGGAGACGCCGCAGCCGCGAGCAAGAAGAGCAUCCAAGUCUGAGGCCCCAGACCUGACGACGCGGAUCCAUGAGGAUAUCGACAACGGCAAGUACGAGUGCGUAAUUUGUUCCGGCGAGGUCCUGCGCACCUCGCGGGUAUGGACCUGCACUCUGUGUUGGACUGUCACUCACUACCACUGUACCAAGAAGUGGUUCAAGAGUCAAAUGGAGAACGACAAGCAGCCACAGGGUGCUGAGCCGACCUGGCGAUGUCCUGGGUGUAACUCGAAGUUGACAGAAGAUCCAGGUUCCUACCACUGCUGGUGCGGCAAGGAGAUCAACCCGCGGUCGACACCAGGACUCCCACCACAUUCCUGCGGACAGACAUGCUCCAAACCUCGUGGCACCUGUCCACAUCCCUGUGGCUUGAUGUGUCACUCGGGGCCUUGUCCUCCUUGCACCCUGAUGGGUCCUGUACAGCCUUGCUACUGCGGAAAGAAUACAUCACAGAAGAGGUGUAUUGAUACAGAUUACACCAAGGGCUUCAGCUGCAACGAAGUCUGUGCAGACCUGCUGCCGUGCGGAGAACACGUUUGUCCCCAGAAAUGUCAUCCAGGAGUCUGCGGUGCCUGCGAGGUGAUGGUCCCUUCAACUUGCUACUGUGGUAAGGAGACCAAGGAAAUUCCUUGCGAGCAGCGAGACGACCUGGUCGAGUCUUUCAAUUACGGACAGGUCCAAGCUCCGGAGCAACCAGAAUGGUUCGAAGGCUCCUUCACUUGCCAUGCACCCUGCACAAGAAAGUUCGACUGCGGCGUUCAUCAGUGCCGGAAAGGAUGCCACCCGCAGGAUGAGGAAGCAUCGCACUGUCCAAGCUCACCUGACGUUGUCACACACUGCCCAUGCGGCAAGACGCCUUUGGGGGAGAUCAUGGCAGAGCCUCGACAGUCCUGCUCAGACAAGAUCGAGCACUGCUCAAAGAAAUGUGGUAAGACCCUUUCUUGCGGGCAUCAGUGCCCAGAUCUCUGCCAUGUCGGCGCCUGCAGUCCUUGCUGGCAGAAGACGGAUAUAAAAUGCCGCUGCAGCAGAACUACGGUGUCGACAAUUUGCCACGGAGUGCCUCCAGAGGAGACAGUAAAGCCUGAGUGCCCUCGGGUGUGUCGAGCGGUCCUCAACUGUGGGCGACACUCUUGUGAUGUCCGUUGUUGCCCUGGAGAGAAGAGGGCAGCCAAACGUCAGGCAAAUAGGCGUCGAGCCGCUGGUCCGGCGCAAGAAGAUGUGGAAGACGAACAUAUCUGCACAAGGACCUGCAACCGGCUGCUCAAGUGCGGCAAGCACUUUUGCCAGCAAUUGUGCCACAAGGGACCGUGCCCAAGCUGCUUGGAGGCCAUUUUUGAGGAAAUCAGCUGUUCCUGCGGUCGCACCAGGCUUUACCCUCCCCAACCGUGUGGCACGCAACCGCCGCAAUGCCGGUUUCCUUGUACGCGUGCACGAGCCUGCGGACACCCUCAGGUGGAACAUCAGUGCCAUCCCGACGACGUAGAAUGCCCCAAGUGCCCGUUCCUGGUCGAGAAGACCUGCAUCUGUGGUAAGGAAGUCCUGCGCAACCAACCAUGCUGGUUUGCAGAGGCUCGCUGUGGUCGGCCUUGUGGAAAGCGUCUCAAGUGUGGCACGCACUACUGCAACUUGCUCUGCCACAGAGGCGACUGCGAAGAUGUGGGUGUGCCGGGAUCCCACUGCACACAACCUUGUGGUAAGCCGCGUGAGUCUUGUGGGCAUGAAGACCUCGAUCAGUGCCACGCGCCAUUCUCGUGCAAGGAGGAGAAACCUUGCCAGUCAGAGACAUUCAUCACCUGCGAUUGCCAACGUCGCAAGCAAAAGGUCAAGUGUUUGUCUACACAUCUUGACCCGCGGGGCCCACAGCGAGAGUCCCUUAAGUGCGACGAGGAGUGUCUACGCCAGAAGCGUAAUCGUCAGCUCGCCGAAGCUCUCAAUGUCGACCCGGAUCAUACAGAUAACCACAUCCCCUACCAAGACACCACGCUCAGGUUCUUCCGCGACAAUACCGAGUGGGCUCAACAACAGGAGCGCGAGUUCCGCGUCUUUGCCGAGUCGAGCGCCAAGAACAUGCGCUUCAAACCUAUGAAAUCUCAUCAGCGACAAUUUCUGCACGCGCUUGCGGAGGACUAUGGUCUCGACAGCGAGAGCCAAGACCCAGAGCCUCACAGGCACGUCAGCAUCUUCAAGGGCCCUCGGUUUGUCUCGCCGCCGCGGAAGACGCUGAUGCAGUGCUUGCGCCUUUUGAAGGCAACGGCGCCCUCUCGAGUAGCGGCACCAGCGCCUCCUCCCCCGAGCAAGCCAUCUCAGCAGCCAUACAACGCCUUCCUGCUCACCAAGCCAAGGUUCGGCCUCACGUUGGAAGAGGUUGACCAGGCUCUCAAGGCUGACCUCUCGAGUGCGACCUCAUCGAACCCGGGUCUCACCUUCACAACAAGCUUCCUCCCCUCCGAGGAGGUCCUUGUCAAGACUACCACCAAGACAACCGUAGCGAGCAUCACCUCCGGCACGCUCAACCCGCCCCAGCUCGAAGCUCUGCUCACCGCCCUCAAGCCCAAGCUCGCCAAGGCUAUCGGCGCCCAUGGCGUCGCCGCCGGCGUCAUCCUCUGCGUGGCGGACACGGCAUCGUCGAACAUUGUUCGCCGCGAGGGCAGCGACGGCGGUAACGGCUCGGCGGGCGGCUGGAGCACGGUCGCGAGCCGGGCGGCGGCACGGCCUAGGCAGUGGGCACCCGCAUCGGUCGUCGAGCCUAAACAGACGGGUUUUGUUGCGCUGAGGAGGCUUGGGAUGAAGAAAACCCAGCCACAGCAGGAGAAGAAGGAGGAGGAGGAGGGAAAGGAGGGGGAGACAGCGCAGAAGGAAGCCGAAGUAAGCGAGAAGGUGAAAGCCGACACACUGCCUGUGCAGAACUUGGUGGGUGAGGAGGACUCGGAGGCGGGGCCGGCGAGAGCUGAUGAGGGCGAGAGUGACGGACUGUGAGAAACUUUAUUUUAUUUGCCCUUCGCAAUGCCACCGCUGUUCUUCUC